GAUUUUUUUUUCAUUCGGAAGAGAAAGUGAUUAAUUGAAUUUAUUAGUGAGGAAGGAAGUGAAACAAUAAAUUGAAGUGGUACACAUAUACAAGCGGUACAUACAUACGGAUAGCAGAGUGAUUGAUCCGAGCAAUAGUGCAAUCUGAUAGGAAAAAGUGCAUUCAAGAUGACGAGGAGGAACGCGAAGCUGUUAAGUUUAAGCAUAUGUCUAGUCACGCUGAUCAGCAUACAAAGUACAACACAUGGAGCGGACCUGAAGGAUCGGGCCCGUGCCGCCCUGCUGCUGGAGAGGUCAGCUUCCGGAAAUGGAGUGAGUAAUCAGUGCAAGACAACCGUAGCGCUGCCAUGUCCACCGAGCAAGUUCCGGUCGGCAUCGGGCGAGUGCAACAACUUCAACCACCGCUACUGGGGCGCCCGAGGGGACCCAUUUCUGCGGCUGCUGGAUCCGGACUAUGCCGAUGGCCACAUCAAACCGCGUACCUCGGUGGGUUCCCACGCCCUGCCAGCUCCGGACGCGAUCAUAGAUCAGCUGCAGCGAUCGAUUCCCAUUGGAGCAGUCCAUCCGCACGUCACCGCCAUGCUGCCGGCCUGGGGUCAACUGCUGGCCUACGAUCUCGUCCAGAUCCUGUCGCCACAUUCCAGUUUCCGCUGCUGUCGGAAUAACUCAUCCAUCGACACUACCGACGAAAUUAUCCAAUGCUACGUCCGGACCGGAGAUGGCUGCAAAGAGUACAAACGAUCGAUCGCUUCUAACGAACCGGGAUCCUGCAAGUUCGACUACCGUAAUCAGAUGAAUGCUGCGUCCGGAUUGCUGGAUGGUUCCGGCCUGUAUGGAACUACGGAGAAGGAAAUCCUAGCACUGAGGACAUUCACCAUUGGAAAGGUCGACAUCAAGGCCUGCCUGAGAUGUAACGAACCGGGAGCCAUCGGAGCCCUGCAUACGAUCCUGCUGAAAGAACACAACCGAAUUGCUGACGAAAUGUCCAGACUGAACAAGGAAUGGAGCGAUACAACGCUGUUCUACGAAACGCGCCGGGCGAUCAUUGCCCAGAUUCAACACAUCACCUACAAUGAAUUCCUGCCAAUCGUACUGGGAAGCCAGAUCGCUAGCAGUCCAGAUCUACGGAUCGAGCACGGAAAACACUACAGCGGCUAUUCGUCGUCCAACCGCGCGGGAGUAUUCAACGAAGUCGCCGUUGGAGCAAUCCCAGCCUUUCUAACCAUGCUUCCACCGGACAUGUACAACGAAUCCGCAUCGGCAGAAAUCUUGAUCUCCACUCCGUCCAUGCAGCAGACCUUUAUUCCCGAUCAUGCAACGUUCAACGACGAGUGGACACCAAUCGCUUUGGCCCUGCAGCGUGGACGUGACCAUGGAGUUCCAUCCUACCAUAAGGCGCUGAAUUUGUGCGAGAAGCGCUUCGGAAUCCCCUAUGGAUCCAAGCUAACGUUUGACGAUAUGGAAUACUUUGGACUGUCGCCCGUCAAAAGGAAGACCCUGGAGAACAUCUACCAGGACGCCGAAGACAUCGAUCUGCUGGUUGGUGGUCUGUCAGAAACUGCCACACUAGGAACCGUAUUCGGCCCGACGUUGACCUGCCUGCUUGCCAUCCAGUUCGCAAACCUUCGCAACAGCGAUCGCUUCUGGUAUGAAAACGAUCUGCCACCGUCGUCGCUGAGCCUGCCACAGUUGCAAGCGAUCCGCCGUGUGACCCUGUCCGGAUUGCUCUGUGAAGCGAAGGGAGUAUCCAAGGCUCAACCGAAGGCAUUCAUCCGUGAGGAUCCCUACCUAAAUGCUCGUCUGAACUGUGAACAGAUCGCCGGCAUGGAUGUUACUCCGUGGCGUGCGGAAGUAGAAGAAGAGGUCGACGAAGACCUGGACGAACAAACCCCACCGCCACCGGAACUGGCCGAGUUGGACCUUGACGUGAUCGAGCAGGCGAUCGUCAAGGCAAAGGACAAGCUGAACGAAAGGAAGCGCUUCGAGUACGAAUCCUGGGUCAAUCAGGGAGGAAUCGAUGCCAAGUCUCCGGCUGGAACUGCCGCUUCUUUCAGUAAGGCCAACAAGAAUGCGCUGAUCAUUGCCAAUACUUCGCUGCUGUACGAGUUGGCUUCCAACGAAAUUUUGAGCACAUUGCAUUCGCUUCGGCGUCGUAAGCGUCAGGUCUUCGACAACAACCUGGGAGCCGCGUUCGGAGGAGACGACUUCAGCAACGCCCUGCAGACCAUCGACGUCAACCAGUUCAUUACGGGAUCCAUCUCUCCGAUCAAUCUGGAGCCACAGUGCGAGAACCUGGAAGCUCCUUGCGAUACAACUACUCCAUUCCGAACCCUAACCGGUCAUUGCAACAAUCUCCGCAGCCCCGAACUUGGCCAGUCGUUAACCACAUUCGCCCGUCUAUUGCCGGCAGUUUACGAUGACGGAAUCUCGCAACCACGUAGCAUCACAAUCUCCGGAAACCCUCUACCAAACCCACGCACAGUUUCGUCCCUGAUUCAUCCGGACAUUUCAAACCUUCACACACGCUACUCACUCAUGGUAAUGCAGUACGCUCAAUUCCUUGAUCACGAUCUCACCAUGACGCCGAUCCACAAAGGUUUCCACGAAUCCAUCCCGAGCUGCCGUUCGUGCGAUUCGUCACGUACCGUUCAUCCCGAAUGCCACCCGUUCCCGGUGCCACCACGCGAUCACUACUAUCCGGAGCUGAACGUCACCAGUGGAGAACGCCUUUGCUUCCCAUUCAUGCGAUCGCUGCCGGGACAGCAAACGCUGGGACCACGCGAACAAAUCAAUCAGAACACUGCAUUCCUGGACGCUUCGCAGAUCUACGGAGAGAACGGUUGCGUCGGCAAAGGACUUCGCGGAUUCUCCGGUCGUCUGAACUCUACGAUCCAUCCCAUCCGAGGAAAGGAACUGCUGCCACAGACUCCGAUUCAUCCAGAGUGCAAAUCCGCUAGUGGAUACUGCUUUGCUGCCGGAGACGCCCGAGCAUCCGAACAACCAGGUCUCACCACUAUUCACACGGUUUUCAUGCGCGAACACAAUCGCAUCGUCGAAGGACUCCGUGGAGUCAACCCACACUGGAAUGGCGAUCAGCUGUACGAGCACGCCCGCCGAAUCAUCAUUGCCCAGAAUCAGCACAUCACCUACAACGAGUUCCUUCCACGUAUUCUCAGCUGGAACGCAGUCAAUCUGUAUGGCUUGAAACUGCUCCCGCAAGGAUACUACAAGGACUAUAACCCCACGUGUAACCCAGCGAUCGUCACCGAAUUUGCAUCGGCUGCCUUCCGCAUUGGUCACUCGCUACUACGUCCACACAUUCCUCGCCUUAGCGCACAGCACCAGCCGAUCGAUCCACCAAUUCUGCUGAGGGACGGGUUCUUCAAGAUGGACAUUUUCCUUCAACAGGUAGGCCUUAUCGACGAGAUCUCCCGCGGUCUGGUAGCUACUCCGAUGGAAACUCUCGAUCAGUUCAUCACCGGUGAAGUUACCAACCAUCUGUUCGAAGAUCGCCGCAUUCCAUUCUCCGGAGUCGAUCUGAUUGCGUUGAACGUCCAGCGAGCUCGUGAUCAUGGAAUCCCAUCCUACAACAAUUACCGUGCCCUGUGCAAUCUGAAACGGGCACAGAACUGGGACGACCUGGCCCGCGAAAUUCCUCCAGAGGUGAUCUCCCGACUGAAGCGCAUCUACAACAACGUAGACGAUAUCGAUCUGUUCCCAGGUGGCAUGUCCGAACGGCCGCUGCAAGGUGGGCUUGUUGGUCCAACCUUCGCCUGUAUCAUUGCCAUCCAGUUCCGGCAGGUGCGCAAGUGUGAUCGCUUCUGGUAUGAAAACGACGACCCGACGGUCAAGUUCACCGAGGCUCAACUGGCAGAGCUGCGCAAGACUACGCUGUCGAGGAUCAUUUGCGAAAAUCUGGACAUCCAGAGUGAUAUGCAGCGAGCCGCUUUUGAUCUGCCAAGUAACUUCCUCAAUCCACGUGUCCCGUGCAGUUCAAUGCAACAAAUCGAUCUCAGUGCCUGGCGGGAGAAUGUAGUUGCAGGUUGUCACAUCGGCGGCAAGCAUGUCGACAUUGGCGAAUCGGCCUUCCCUUCGCCAUGCACCAGCUGUAUCUGUACAAACGAAGGCCCUCAAUGUGCCUCACUUCGCAUCACCGACUGCGCUCAGCUAUCGCGCGAGUGGCCUCGGGAUGUGAUCCUCCGUGAUGACGUUUGCAGUGCUCAGUGUGGUCUGGUUCUGCAGAACAGCGCUCCCCAGGGUCGUCAACUUCCGAUCAACCUGCGACCGCCAACUUCGCAGCGAGUUUCCCGCUCACGUGUCGUCCAACGGCAGACGGCAGUGCCGGUCAGCUUCCAGGGCUUCCAAUUCCCCGAUCUGACGCAGUUCAUCGGGUAAACUACCACAGUUACCAUAACCCCUCUCCCAUCUCAACUCUAACUGGAACUAAUUACAUUAUUGUUGUUUGUAAAUAUUGAGCGGCCAUAUUACUACCACUUUUUCUGUACUAUUCUCAAAUGCUGAUGAAUCAACCAACUGCCCUUUAGUAUGAUUCUUUUAAAUUAAUAUUACACUCCUAUGCGAAUGCGUUUCGCUUCGAGGACGUCUUUAGACCGUAAUCGUAAUGUUGUUUUAUUGUAAAUAUUAGAUUAGUAUAAGAAAUCAAAAAGCAAACUGUCUUCGCAUUGCUUUUUCUCAUUUCUUCCGUAUUUAAUUCUAUUCAAACUGUGUUUAAGUAAAACAAAAAUCCAACUACGUUAUAGAAUAAGUCUACGUACUAUUUUAGUUGUAGCAAAUCAUAAUCUCACAAGAAGAUGGAAACACACGAAAGGGAGAGAAAAAAAAACCAUCGUGAAACAAUUAGUGAUAAAAAUUAAAAACCUUAAACUGGGAGGACCACCCCGUCGUAGCUCGUAAGCUCGUAUCCACUCAAACUGAUCCGGAUAGUAUAAAUGAUAAAGUCUGCGUACAAAUUAAGCGACCUCAAAAUGACGAUACACGUUUAGAAUGCACUACGAUUGGUGGAUUAGAUUUGUGCUGUUGCUUUUUAUAGGAAAUCAAGAAGAAGAAGAAGAAGAACCUUUAUUUG